UGUUGAAAGUGCGACCGAUGGAGCGCGAGCGGCAGGAGCUGGCGGCGGCGGCUGAGGGCGAGCGGGUGGCGUUCAGAUACAGAAGAAAAAUAUCUGAACACAUUCCAUCACACAACUAAGACUCUCUCUGCCUUCGGAUUUUUUUCAAACAAGUACUUUGGGACAUUCCAAAUAAAAGUGCACAGAAUUUCAUAAUCUCCAGUGGAUUUGAUGCUUAAAAUAGUACUCUUAGAAACCAUUUGUUCAGAAUUUCUGUUCAUUUCUUAUACACAAUAGCAUACUUGCUAUUGGCUUCAAAAACUGGUCAGGAUGACGAUGGCAAGUUUGUUCUCAUUUACCAGCCCAGCUGUGAAACGCCUACUGGGCUGGAAGCAAGGCGAUGAGGAAGAAAAGUGGGCAGAAAAAGCUGUUGAUGCACUAGUCAAAAAACUUAAGAAGAAGAAAGGAGCUAUGGAGGAGUUGGAGAAGGCACUAAGCAGUCCAGGCCAGCCCAGUAAUUGUGUCACUAUUCCCCGCUCUCUAGAUGGUCGACUUCAAGUAUCACAUCGUAAAGGACUACCGCAUGUAAUUUAUUGUCGGGUGUGGCGAUGGCCAGAUCUUCAAAGUCAUCAUGAACUGAAACCACUAGAGUGUUGUGAAUUUCCAUUUGGCUCAAAACAGAAAGAGGUCUGCAUUAAUCCAUACCACUACAAACGAGUUGAAAGCCCUGUUCUUCCUCCAGUGUUGGUUCCAAGACACAGUGAAUUUAACCCACAACAUAGCCUACUUGCACAGUUUCGUAAUUUGGGACAUAACGAUCCUCCUAUGCCACAAAAUGCUGCCUUUCCAGUUUCCUUUCAACAGCCAAACAGCCACCCGUUCCCCAACUCUCCCAACAGAAGUUAUCCCAGCUCCCCAGGAAGUAGUACAUAUCCUCAUUCUCCAGCCAGUUCUGGACCAAGCAGCCCAUUUCAGAUACCAGCAGAUACUCCCCCUCCUGCCUAUAUGCCACCAGAUGAUCAAAUGACGCAAGAUGGUUCACAGCCCAUGGAAACGUCAAAUGUUCAUGUACCUACAAUACCACCACAUUUAACCAACAGAGCAGAUGUUCAACCAGUUGCUUAUGAGGAACCAAAACACUGGUGCUCUAUUGUCUAUUAUGAGCUGAAUAACCGUGUGGGAGAAGCUUUCCAGGCUUCCUCUACUAGUGUCUUGGUGGAUGGUUUUACUGAUCCUUCUAACAACAAGAAUAGAUUCUGCCUUGGGCUUCUGUCCAAUGUGAAUCGUAAUUCAACUAUUGAAAACACCAGGAGACAUAUUGGCAAAGGUGUUCACCUUUAUUAUGUUGGAGGAGAGGUGUAUGCCGAGUGCCUGAGUGACAGUAGUAUUUUUGUACAAAGUCGCAACUGCAAUUAUCAUCAUGGCUUUCAUCCAACAACUGUUUGCAAGAUUCCCAGUGGAUGCAGUUUAAAGAUCUUCAACAAUCAGGAGUUCGCCCAGCUUUUGGCCCAGUCGGUAAAUCAUGGUUUUGAAGCAGUUUAUGAGCUUACCAAGAUGUGCACCAUACGCAUGAGUUUUGUGAAGGGUUGGGGAGCUGAAUAUCAUCGACAGGAUGUAACAAGUACCCCUUGCUGGAUAGAAAUACAUCUACAUGGUCCUCUGCAGUGGCUGGAUAAAGUUCUCACCCAGAUGGGUUCCCCACAUAACCCUAUCUCCUCUGUGUCAUAACAAUGCUCUAAUGCUGCUUCAUAGUGCUCAUAGAUCCUUGAGUGUUGAGUUUUCCAAGAAUUUGUAAUCUCACUUGAAAGACAUACAGAAUGGAUACACUCUGGACCGUCUUGAUUGGGAAUUGGAAAAUACUUGAUUCUUUGUGACCAAUUGUUGGAGAAAGAUGAUCAGUUUUUUAGUAUACUGCUGUUCUUGUGAAAGUGUUCAGUUUACACUGGUAUUCCAUUUCUACCUACUCUGAAGAAUUUAUGUAAUUAUGGUUUUAGAAUACAGAGAUGAAAGGUGACCAAGCAUAGAUUUGAAUGUUGCAAAUGCUGUGUUUUAAGUACUAGUUUGUGGUCAAAAUAUAGGAGUGAAGUUGUUUUUCCAAGAGAGCACAAUUGCUGCACAGUUGUUAUGCUGAAGUUGAAUAUAUUUUGCACAAAUGAUGACUUACAAACCCUCUACACAUUAGGUCACUUGACGUCUGUAGUUUUUAAAAAGUGUGGAAGUGGACAAAAUGAGCCCUGUGUGCAGCUCUGUCUUAACGUCAGUGCUGACUUUUUUUUGUAAUAGUGUCAAGUUACAGCUCCAUUCUUGAUGGAUUUCUAAGGUGUGUAUAGUUUUACAUGUAUGUUGAGGUUUAAAAUAUUACUUUUGUCCUCAUUUUCAAUUAGGUAAGGACUUUCAAUCUGCCAUUAGAAGGAAGUAGGUUAAGGGGCAACGUGUUCUCCACUGUGCAUUUGGUGAACUCAGUAUUUUUUAACUAUUGCAUUUAAAAUGUACUUUGUAAGAAGCUACUGUCCUCUUGUAGCCAUACAUCAGUUCUGAAAUAGUUAAUUCAAUAUUUUAAAAAACACUUUGCAAGCAAAAUUUACCGAAAGUAUUUGCUGCACCAGAUGUUCUGGCUCUGUUACUUUGUGCUAAUUUGUCUGUUUAAAGAAUUGUUUUGAAUUGAUUUUCUAUAAAUCCUCUGAGCAACUGAUUAGUGGCUACCAACAGGUUGGAUGUUCAUAGGUUGGUAGAGCUAGAUUCUUGUGCAUUUACUUCCAGCUUGAUUAGUUUCGGUUGGCUGGAAUCUUGCAACACGUUACAAAUUUUAACUUCCCGAGUGGUUAAAUCAGCUUGUUUUAUAUUUUUUUGUUUUUAACAGUGCUAAUUUCUUUUCUACUGUUGUAUAUGCACUUUUACACAAGACUUUGCUGUUGUGCUGUGGAAUUGGAGAAACAUUUAUUCCAAAGAUUCUAAGUCUUUCAAAAUCAACAAUCUGUUCUGGCAUGAUUUCCUUUGACAUUUUGGGAACCUGAUUGUGAAUUUCACCACUGCAAAGUCUAUAUCCCUAAAAAUUCUACCUUUAGAGACUUCUUAAAAAAUAUUUUAUUCAACUAACCCUGAUUUAUAACUCAUUUGAUCCAUUUGGAUCUUGUGUUUUCUGUUUACUUUUGGUGUGAGGAUAAAAAUCUUAGGAUUUCCUAAUCUAAGGUUGAAGAUUUACCACCCUGUUCCCAGGCCUGUUCAAAAUACUCUUAACUAGACAUAGGAGAAAUUACAGGCAAGAGGGGAGGGAAAGCUGAGAUUUUUAAAAACAUUGGGGAUGGAAUUAGUACAAAUUUCACCGGUGCCAGCAAAGUUAGUUCAUUACAAUAUGUUGGUAAAAUUUGAUCAUGAUGGCAUACAAAAAUACAAACCUCUAUACGUUGUACUAUUCAACAUUUGUUGAUGCUGUAAAUAUCAAGUGGUUUAGUCUUCAUAAAAUACAAACUUCCUGCAAACAAAUGAAAACAACAGGCAGGUGGAAAAGAGAUGGUUGGAAACCAGUCUGUAGCAUUUUCAUUUUUAGAAAAGUUUUUAUUUUUCUUUUUCAGCUUUUCCGCAUCCUAUACGGAUGAGAAGUUGUCACUUGGAUCAUGCAGUUCACUAAAAUUUCCACAUCAUUGAAAAGAUUUUAACUUUUAACACUAUUGUAAUGCAAAAUUACUUCAGAUAGAUAUCAUUCAGCAUCCUCACACAUGAUAUAUGAUGGCUUAUCUACUUAUGAUGUUCUGUUUUUCUUCCUCUAUUCCAUAAUGGACCAGUCUGUAAUUUACAAUCACAAGAAAUCUGUAGACUUGAGGGAGAAAACAAAAUAAAUAUUUUACAGAAUUGGUGUACAAAAUAAACCUUUUUAUUCAACAGAAAA